AUGGGCAGGGCAGAGCAGAUCGUUUCUGCAUUCGAAGCAGGUCUUCGGGAAAGGGGGUGGCAAGUUUCAUCAAAGCUCUGGCGGACGAACCCGAACUGCCCUGCGACGGAGCUUCCCCUUUUGUGUCUCGCAGCGGACAUCGCUAGCUACAGCUCCAUUAUGGCUGCCUGUUCAAGGGCCAAACAAUGGCAGCUCUCCUUGAAGCUGUUCUACACUCUCGAGCAUCUGCAAGCAGCACCGGAUUUGGUGUGCUAUGGCGGUGCGCUGACGGCCUGCGAGGGAGGACGCUGGCAGCAGGCAGAGGAGCUGUUGCGAAGCAUGGUCUCGAAGUCCAUCCAGCCUGACCAGGGUUGCUUCUUGGCGGCAGCUCGAGCCUUCAACGCCUCCUCCUCGUGGCAGCGAGCUAUUGAAGUCUUUC